ACGAUGUCUCGACUGCAUGGUUGAUAGCCCUGCCAUAAAAACACGUCACGAACUACGAAUUGCUUGCGUAAAAAUCUACUACGUUUUGGAUAUAAAUUCCCGGGCAUUUACUGUUCAGAAUGGACAACGGUCAAUCAGCGAUAGAUGAGAGAGUGAUACUACAGAAGAAUUGGAAACUUCAAGAUGCUUCGCCACAAGGAAUGAUGCUGAAUACCAGAUCGGCUGAGCUUUGUGGCGAAGAUGUUUCUGAAAUACUGUCUUAUUUACCUGAAAUAGAAGGCUUGGAUGUCGUAGAACUGGGCGCAGGGAUAGGUCGUUUUACACGGUAUUUAGCACAGAGAGCCAGACACGUGCUUGCUGUAGACUUUGUGGAGAAAUUCAUCGAGAAGAACAAGGAGGCCAACGGCAGCUUUGAAAACAUAGAUUACAUCGUCGAUGAUGUAAUGAACGUGCAGAUACCUCCGACUAGUGCUGGAUUUGUCUUCACCAAUUGGCUGUUUAUGUAUUUUAACGAUACAGCCGCUCGCCGUCUUCUUGAGAGGAUAAUAACUUGGCUGCCAGACAAUGGACAUAUCUUCCUGAGAGAGUCUUGUAUACAUGGGUCAGGUGACAUAUCCCUCAACAACUCCACCACUUACUACCGUCACCCAAACGACUACGAGACACUCUUCCUCUCAGUUACUGAGCCCACAGAUGAUAAACAGGCUGUCUACGGUUUUAAGGUCAUUGCUACGAGGCCUGUGGAAACAUACCGAAAGGUGAUGAAAAAUGGAAACCAGAUCACAUGGCUUCUACAGAAAGUGAGGCGAGACGUCGAUACCCCUUAGCUCUCCACGGAACGGAACUGGCUACGGAUCCUCUAGUAUGAGAAUUUUAGCACGGUCAUUGCAAAAAGUGUAUAUCACGGAUAAAAGACACAUGUAUCAUACGUUGAUUUUCAUAUCGGUUGAUAGAUCAAACAAAUGGUUCAUUUUCAGCCAGUCCGUGGAACAUUGAAACUUAAUGUUUUGUAGAUAUUCGUGUUUCAUAUCUUGAGCAUUAUUGUUGGCACGGUACACAUUAAUAUUUUAACUUUGUCAUUUUUUAUUUUAUUUUUGUUUUUUUGAGACCUCACAAUGCAAAUGCAGGUGAACUAUAAUCUGUCACAUCUGUGAGGAGCGAACUGUCUUGAUUGAUGUUUCCUACUUAAUGUGUGUUACGACAUUGAAAAUACAAAAUAUUUCAUCUCAUUCAUACGACAGGGGAUGUUUUGUUCAAACUAUUUUACUCAUAAUGAACAUUUUUAAUAAGGACAAAUUUUAAAGGGAUUCCAUUCCACGUUUUUUCUUACAGAAGACAUUGAUGGUAUGUCCUUUGUAUUUGUCCAGAAACCUUGGUACUAAAGCAGAAAAACACUUGUUUCCGGGGACUUGCGGGCCACAAAUAUGACAUACGGGCUCUGAUUGGAAAACGUCAACAUCAUUUAUAUAUUAUAUUCUCUUGUUGUGAAUAUUGCAAUUAAAAUUGUUUUCGUUUUGAAA